UAACCAUUUGGUCCCUUCUCAACUCAACCUGACGCGGCUUAAUGUGAUUCAUAAAGUUGAUGCAGAAAGAAUGCCAAACACUCCAACCCUUCCCCGGAUCAGGAGCAGAACACAAGUGACAAGCCUCUCAGCCAAAAUCUGCCACUAACUCCACUUACUUGUGAAGAACGUAGAUUUUGAUAAUGAAAAAGUGGAGGAUUAGGUUACCAAACACACAAUAAAGAGUAGUAGUUUCACUUCAUCCAUUGAUGUAUCGAACUGUAUAAGAAACAAAUCCAACUCAAAGAUUGUAGCCAACAUUUUCCAUGCCGCUUGGUGCAAGAUGCUACCUAGAGUUGUAUUCUGCACUGCAGUGUCUUUGGCUAUAUUGGUAGUCGUUCUCUUGGCUUUGCUCUCGCCUGGUCCCCAUGGAAAGCCAUCAAAGAACCACCACCACACACGGCCGCCAUGGCUGGCACUGUCCUUGUACAUCCAACAACCGCAGAUUGCAGGCUUUAGCACACUUCCCAAGGCAAGAUCAGAUGCUGAAGCGCUUAUUUUUCAUCAAACGCUCACAGAGGGACCUACAAACACUUCUCGGGUUGUGGGUAAAGCCCAGGGUUUCAUAGUUCCUGUCGAAGGGUUUGCACACUCGGCAUUCAAUAUCAUUUAUCUGACCUUUGACACAUCCGAGUAUUCGGGUAGCCUUAGUGUCGAGGCCAGGCAUGUUGCUCAUAAGGACAUGCAACUCCUCAAUGUGGUGGGCGGCACAGGGUCUUUUGCUUUUGCUCGUGGGCUUGCUGCUUUUACCCAGACUGAUCGCCAUCCAUCUGUUGUGGAUGCAACCUACCGCGUUAAACUUCAGCUUAAAUUUCCGAAUCGAUCCCAGACUAUACCGGGAUGA